AUGUCAACACCUUUCAAUAUCACUACCACAAAGCAAAAAUUAACCAGACAACUCAAUGUCUUAGAAGACUUCAUCAAUGAAGCAAACCAAUUCAGUCCCACAUGGGCAUUUCCGACAGAAAGAUUAGAACUCACAAUCUUUCUCACAACAAACAAACUCAAAGCAACAACUUUGAAGAAACAAAUCGAGGACCAAAUAGACAAAGUAUGGAACCUCUAUGAAUCUAGCAUUCAAGCCAUCACAACGCCAAAGGAAGACAACUCAGUAGAGCAAGCCUUCAGCACGUAUUGGGAAGAGAAACAAGGGGAAAAAACAUUAACCAUCGCGACAGCACUAGCCCAUCAACUCCAGAAACGCAUAACAGAGCUGGAAUGUCAAGAACUAGCAAUCGCUCACUCACAUCUUCCAAAUCAAUUCAACAACACCCCUCCACAAGCUUAUGCCAUCUCAACUACUUCGACAAUUGACCAAAAACUGUUGAAUAAUGAAAUAAAGGUACCCGAGUUCCAUGGCAACCCAGCAGAGUUUGGUCCAUUUUGGGAAUUAUUUGAGGAACUUGUCCACAAACAACCCUACUCGAACAUAGCUAAACUUUCAAUAUUGCUCAACUGCUGCAAAGGUGAUGCAGCGAGAUCCCUACAAAUGAUCCCCCGCACAGGAAGUUCCUACGAAAAAGCUAUUCAACAACUCAAACAGCAAUACGAAGAUCCCAAAAGAAUCACUAUUCAGAUGAUCCGUCAACUCAAAGCAAUGAAAUAUUGUCCAAAUGAACCACGAGCAUUACGCAAUAAUCUUAGUGACAUCCAAGCCAUUAUUGCCACUAUACAAAGACAAGGAGAAGUAGUGGACUCCACAUAUAUGACAACUAUGGUCAUUGAAACAUUCCCCCUCUGCGUCCAAGAGGAAAUCGCCCGUAAGGAAUUUGACAAUGAGCUUCCAUGGACUAUGGAAUCCCUCAUCAACGGUCUAACAACAAUCGUCAAGAGAAAAGAACACAUCCAAAGUCGCCAAGAAAAGCUCACAGACCAAGCUUCCAUCUAUUUAACCCACACACGAGCUCAUCCAUCAAUCUCCUGCAUAGGUUGCGGACAGAAUCAUAGAUUGAAACAUGCGAUAUAUACCGAACACCUCAACAAAAGGUCCACCAUCUCAAAAACAUACAAGCAUGCUGGAAAUGUUUCAGCAUGCAUCACAGGUCACGAGUAUGCAGCAAACCAAACUGUGCUGAUUGUAAUGGAGAUCACAACAGUGUUUUGUGUCUUCGUAGGUUCUCAAACAAACCAUUCACCUAUACCAUGA